CAAGUCCCGAGCGGAAGUGCCUUGAGCGGAAGCGGAAGUGAACGAGGCGGCUGUGGCGGUGGCUGAGGCGGCUGGGCCUAGGCGCAGCGGGCGCGUCUGCGGCUGGUGUUGGCGCAUCUCUAGAUCCUUUCCUGGAGUUCAGUUAUGGGUGUGAGAGGUUUGCAAGGAUUUGUGGGAAGUACCUGCCCACAUAUAUGUACAGUAGUAAAUUUCAAAGAACUGGCAGAGCACCACCGAAGCAAGUAUCCUGGAUGUACCCCUACCAUUGUGGUUGAUGCCAUGUGUUGUCUCAGAUAUUGGUAUACUCCAGAAUCUUGGAUCUGCGGUGGCCAGUGGCGAGAAUACUUUUCUGCUUUGCGAGAUUUUGUUAAAACUUUUACGGCAGCUGGGAUCAAGUUGAUAUUCUUCUUUGAUGGCAUGGUGGAGCAGGAUAAGAGAGAUGAAUGGGUGAAACGAAGGCUCAAGAACAACAGGGAGAUAUCCAGGAUUUUUCAUUACAUCAAGUCACACAAGGAGCAGCCAGGCAGAAAUAUGUUCUUCAUCCCCUCAGGGCUAGCUGUGUUUACACGAUUUGCUCUAAAGACACUGGGCCAGGAAACUUUGUGUUCCUUACAGGAAGCAGAUUAUGAGGUAGCUUCCUAUGGCCUCCAGCAUAACUGUCUUGGGAUUCUGGGGGAAGACACUGAUUACCUAAUCUAUGACACUUGUCCCUACUUUUCAAUUAGCGAGCUCUGCCUAGAGAGCCUGGACACCGUCAUGCUCUGCAGAGAGAAGCUCUGUGAGAGUCUGGGCCUCCGUGUGGCCGACCUUCCUCUUCUGGCCUGCCUCCUUGGCAAUGACAUAAUCCCAGAGGGCAUGUUUGAAAGCUUUAGGUAUAAAUGCUUAUCAUCCUACACCUCUGUAAAAGAGAACUUUGACAAAAAAGGUAACAUCAUAUUAGCUGUGUCAGACCAUAUAUCGAAAGUUCUUCACUUGUAUCAAGGUGAGAAAAAAUUAGAAGAGAUAUUACCUCUGGGACCAAACAAAGCUCUUUUUUAUAAAGGAAUGUCAUCAUAUCUUUUACCAGGACAAAAAUCUCCAUGGUUUUUCCAAAAACCCAAAGGUGUAAUAACUUUGGACAAGCAAGUAACAUCCUUGAGUUCAGACGCUAAAUCCAGGGAAGAAGUUCCCAUGUGUUCAGACCCUGAAUCCGGGCAAGAAGUUCCCAUGUGUUCAGGCCCUGAAUCCGGGCAAGAAGUUCCCAUGUGUUCAGGCCCUGAAUCCAGGCAAGAAGUUCCCAUGUGUUCAGGCCCUGAAUCCAGGCAAGAAGUUCCCAUGUGUACAGGCCCUGAAUCCAGGCAAGAAGUUCCCAUGUGUACAGGCCCUGAAUCCAGGCAAGAAGUUGCCAUGUAUACAGACUCUGAACCCAGGCAAGAAGUUCCCAUGUAUAUAGACUCUGAACCCAGGCAAGAAGUUCCCAUGUGUACAGGCCCUGAAUCCAGGCAAGAAGUUUUAAUAUGGACAGACCCUGAAUCUAGGCAAGAAAUUAUGUGUACAGGCCAUGAAUCCAAACAGGAAGUUCCCAUAUGUACAGAUCCUAUAUCCAAGCAAGAAGACUCCAUGUGUACACACCCUGAAAUCAAUCAAAAAUUACCUGUAGCAACAGAUUUUGAAUUUAAGCUAGAAGCUCUCAUGUGUACAAACCCUGAAAUUAAACAAGAAGACCCUACAAGUGUGGGGCCUGAAGUAAAGCAACAAGUAACCAUGGUUUCAGACACUGAAAUCUUAAAGGUUGCUAGAACACAUCACGUCCAAGCAGAAAGCUACCUGGUGUACAACAUCAUGAGCAGUGGAGAGAUUGAAUGCAGCAAUACCCUAGAAGAUGAGCUUGACCAGGCCUUACCCAGCCAGGCCUUCAUUUACCGUCCCAUUCGACAGCGGGUCUACUCACUCUUACUGGAGGACUGUCAAGAUGUCACCAGCACCUGCCCGGCUGUCAAGGAGUGGUUUGUGUAUCCUGGGAACCCAUUGAGGCACCCGGACCUCGUCAGGCCACUGCAGAUGACCAUUCCAGGGGGAACGCCUAGUUUGAAAAUAUUAUGGCUGAACCAAGAGCCAGAAAUACAGGUUCGGCGCUUGGACACACUCCUAGCCUGUUUCAAUCUUUCCUCCUCAAGAGAAGAGCUGCAGGCUGUCGAAAGCCCGUUUCAAGCUUUGUGCUGCCUCUUGAUCUACCUCUUUGUCCAGGUGGACACUCUUUGCCUGGAGGAUUUGCAUGCAUUUAUUGCACAGGCCUUGUGCCUCCAAGGAAAAUCCACCUCGCAGCUUGUAAAUCUACAGCCUGAUUACAUCAACCCCAGAGCCGUGCAGCUGGGCUCCCUUCUCGUCCGCGGCCUCACCACUCUGGUUUUAGUCAACAGCGCGUGUGGCUUCCCCUGGAAGACGAGUGAUUUCAUGCCCUGGAAUGUAUUUGAUGGGAAGCUUUUUCAUCAGAAGUACUUGCAAUCUGAAAAGGGUUAUGCUGUGGAGGUUCUUUUAGAACAAAAUAGAUCUCGGCUCACCAAAUUCCACAACCUGAAGGCAGUCGUCUGCAAGGCCUGCAUGAAGGAGAACAGACGCAUCACCGGCCGAGCCCACUGGGGCUCACACCACGCAGGGAGGUGGGGAAGACAGGGCUCCAGCUACCACAGGACGGGCUCUGGGUAUAGCCGUUCCAGUCAGGGACAGCCAUGGAGAGACCAGGGACCAGGAAGCAGACAGUAUGAGCACGACCAGUGGAGAAGGUACUAGUCAUCCUCCAGGUAAGUUCAUCACCUGCAUCUCCAGAAGAAAUCAGUCACAUGUCUGUCUUUAUAACAUAAAUCUUCCAUAUCAAGUACCAAAGUAAACAGAACUCAGAUAUUGAAUCCUGCUGACCUGGUGCCGAGUUAACUUGGUUUCAAGACGCACUUGCUUCCUCCAGAAAGAGUGUGGAGAGAAAAAGAGGCACACCUGGACACAGAGCCCUGCCAGCGCCCUCCUCUGCUGUCGCAGCUGCAAGGAGACCGUGCCUGUGGGAGCCAGGCCUCACUUGCAUGAAGAAGGAAAGAUGCCUUUUUCAGUGGUGUCUCCCUCCCAUUGUGCAGAAGAGCUUUUGUUGGCUUCUCUCCCGAGCUUGUGCCUGAUUCUGUGGCCUAAAACAAUCAUUGUUAACGUCUUCAUGUGUUGCAUUCUGAUCUUUCAUUCAUGUAUAUGAUGCCUAGCUCAUUUCAUUUUAAAAUAAAUGGGAAUCUGUUGUAUUCUGAUUUUUUAUUAACAACACUAGAUUAUGAGGGGUUGUCUCCUGUUACUAAAAAGUCAGAAAACACUCUACAGUAGUCCUCCCUUAUCUGCAGGGAAGACAUCCCAAGACCCUCGAGUGGAUGGCUGAGACUGGAUGGGAUGGAACCCCACAUACAUAUACCAGUGGCUUUUUCCUUUACGUACAUACCAUGGUAAAGCUUAACAAAGAACAGUAAGAGAUUAACAGCAAUCAGUAACUAAUAAAAGCUAUGUGAAUGUGGUCUCUCUCAAAAUAUCGUACUGUAAUCGCCCUUCUUGCUCUCUGAAAACCAAGAAGACCACUAAGGGACUAAUGGUCACAGAAGCUGGAUGAGGGGCCGAUUCAUGUCCCGGGCAUGACAGAGCGGGAGGCACAAGGUUUCAUCACACCACUCACAGUGGCGAGCAAGUUAAAACGGAUUUCCCACUUAAUAUUUUCAGACUUCUGUUGACCAUGAGUAACUGAAACCACAGAAAGUAAAGCUGGGGAUAUUGCAGAAAUUCUUUUCUAAUCAGAAAUUCUAAUCAAACCUAAGUUUCCAACUAUGUGUUCUCUUGGUCCUUAGAAGUGUUUGAACAGAAAAGUAACAACUAACUUCCCAUCUUUCUGGUGGAAGAGUUAAUUCUGCCUGGAAGGUUCUGCCUGAGAGACAUGACAGCAUGUGUGUGACUCCUGUGUCUGAUUCUGUGGGGUCAUCCCUUUCGUUUCAUUUUGCCAGUGCCUGGUUCAGGAUUUUUUAUGGCAGUGCCUGUGAAGACAAGCCUGGCCCUCCAUCCAGUCACACAGGAAAUCCACAGAGAACAUGCUGAGAGCAGCCAGCGGCUGGGCUGCCAGCAGGCCUGGUUUAUGAUGCCGCAAGUGAACAGCACGUUUGUUCCUCUUUAUCUCUGAGCAUUGAAGGACUUUUGUUUAAAAAAAAAAUUAAGUUCAGAGUAAUCCUUUUCAUGGAAGAAUCUUCAGGUCAUCCAAGAAUUGAAAUUUUAAGCCCCAGAUUGUACUGAGCUGUACCUGUGGGAAAAGGAAUGGCCAGGGUAUUGAUGAUGGAAAAGAUUCAAAUGAGGAGUUAGAAGGCAAGCCCUCUGUGGGCAGCCGUCUUCCGGAAACCUCGAACUUACGUCUGUCUCCACCUGAGAAAGGAGAAGAAAAGCUGGUGGUGACCCCUGGUCCCGCUGGGCCACGCCAUGGCUCUGAAGGUGCCCAGUGUUCUUAGGAGGUGCUCACUCCUGUCACCUAAAGACAUUUCCUUCUGGUUGUUGCUCUUUAAAAAACAAAAUAAGCCCCUGAACGUGCUUGCAGACCAGUUUGUGUGCCUGUACUUGACAAAUUACCUUGACCAACAGGCCAAAGGCACAGGGCUCCAAGGCAUCAUCUUUCCUUAAAAUCCUGAGUGUUUACUAAAAAGGGACACGGUCUCUAGGUAUUUUAUUACAUUUGUAUUUCUUACAUUUGAAAUAUCCUAACGGCUCUGUUCAGUUUCUUCUUAAGGACAUUUACAUAUAAUUAUUUUUCAUGCAAGUCUUGUAGGACCCAUGUUUUUUCCUAGCUUUGGAAAUCAAUAUUUUGCCUUCCUCUUAUGAGGGUUUCCCUAUGUCAGUAAACAUUAACUUUCUAUUUCUUCCAUUUUUGCUCAUUUGAAACCCCUGCUGCUUCUAGAUCUAUUUCUUUGCCCUUGUGUAACUUUGAAAUAAAUUCCUCAUCCCUUAGAGAGUGGGUGUCUGUGAAAAUUGUUUUCUCCUUCAUAAUACCUAAAUUCUAGUUUGUCAAUAAAAUGUUUGUGUUUGGUUAACAAGCCCUUAUUUAAACCAUUGAGUUAGUGUAAUCUUUGAAAAACCAGAGAACUGAAUUUUUUGUCAUUCUAAGAUGUAACACUGCAGUCAAGUCUUCUGAUGAAAUUUCCACAUAUCAAAUUGAAAAUAAAGCAAAAUAUAUUUAUUACUCAUAACUAAUAUACUGUCACAUUUCUUUGAUUAUUUGUAAGACAUUUCAGCAUGUGGACGUGGGGAAUGGUGAGCCUCCCCCAGAAACAUCUCCCUGCUGCCACCAUGGCCACGGCUCUGCAGUCUCCCUUCACUGACUCCUGAAACUCCACAUAAAUCUACCGUCACCCACCCCUUUGACUGUUCCCUUCACCUUCUUGCUCACAGAAAGCUGGUGUUUCCCCCAUACCUUGGUGCAUAGAGCCGACGCCCCUCACAUUCUUGGCCUGUUCCAGGCUGUUGUAGUCGCUUCAGCACGUGGUAGUGCACAGCACCCAUUCAAUUGUGCUCAUAGAUUCUGGGCGUUGAGUCCAGGCAAGGCAUGGCAGGCACUACCUGUCCUGGCUCCCAUGUCUGGGCUUGGCUGGAAGACCUGGAGUCGGACGAGUCUUCGUUCUCGCCUGUAUCUGCUGAUGCUGGCUCUUAGAUGGGGCUUGUGUCUCUCCAUGUGAACCUCUCAUUGGUCCUGAAGACUAGUUAACUGAUAACUGGUUGGUAACUGGAUUCUGAACACAAGCAUCGCAAAGGCUAAAGAGCCAGGUAGAAGCCAUGUUACUCUUUAUAGCCCAGCCUCCGAAGUCACAGCAUCCAGCAUCUCUUCUGCCAUAUCCUGUUCAUCAAGGCAGACAAAAAAAAAA